AUGUUUGGCGUCGAACCAGAAGGAGAAGUUAUCAACGAGACUGCAUGUAGUACAUCAUCGUCAGCGGGGAGAGGUGGACCCACUACAGUCGUGGAAGAAACUGUUUUUGAGGAGGAGACUCAGACCUCUGCCAGUACAAAGAAAAACCUUGGUACCAUAGUAGCUGAAGGAGUCGGACACUUCGCGAGUCCGGUGCUUGACUCUAUCAUAUCACUGAAAGGGCACGUAGAACUGCACCUUCCUCAAUCAACUUCAACGUCUGCAUCUACUUCUGCGACAGAAACGCUAGGUUGCGAACCACAAGGUGAUGAGCCGAAAAAACGGAAUUCUUUUUUCGCAUCAUUAGAAAGCUAUACAUCCUCCUCCGCACCAGUGCCAUCGUCGAGCACCACUGUAGAGGAAAAAGCAGAUGUUGUGACG